CUAAUAACAUGGUCGCUUAUAAACAUAGAAUUGAUAGAAAUAUAACCUAACUUUGACGAUAGUUCUGCCGGAUGGAAUGAACAGAUACAUACUGCACCAAUACUAACAGUAAAUGUACGUAUUUAUUAUUAGUACUUACAUUUUAUCCAUAGAUGCAAGAAAUUGUAGUCAGGAUUUGAAUGCAGCAUUAUGAGACGAAUUAUAUCAAGCUGUCUUGGACGUAGCUUCAGAGAUCUUACAAGAAGAAACCAAUGUCGAUGGUAUUCACAAAAGGUAAGCAUUAGUACCAUUGGCAUUGCACAAGCUAGAGAAUUUAAAAUAUUCACAUUUAGUUUGAUACAUUCACUUAUAGCUAAUUAUUCUACGUAGCAUUAUAAAUUGCUAUUGUCUGUUGGAUGUGAACUACAUACGUUUAAAGUCCUAUUUGAUACAUUGUAGACCUCACUGACUUAGAUUAAAGUAAAGACUUCUACCCAUAAACAAGCGGUCAAACGAGAGCUUAGUUAGUGUUGGGAAUGCAUUAACAACAGCUAUCAUGUAUUCUAUUUAAGUUAUACCGUAAUUAAUUUCAAACACUCAGAAAGAAUGAGACUGCCAAGUUUCAUGCAGGUUUCACCAGGGCUUAUAACUGUUCAGCAAAACGUAAAUUUUAAAGUCAUGCAGAUUUAAGACAUUUCAAAUAAAUUUCAAUUGAACAUAUUAAUACAUUUUAUCUGUCUUCAAACGCAUUCAUGCAAGGUAUCUAAAUACUAAAAUAGAAACAAAUAUAUUCAAAUAUGGCGUAUCCAGAGGUUGUGUCCGUCACGACCGCACGGGAGACUGAAACCUACUUCCUACCAAUAUAUGGAAGAGUGCUUUCAGUUUGCAGAUUUAGGCUACGUUUAAACUGAAUCGGAUAGGUUUCCGUAGCGACGUGAAAACCACGUAUCCGUACCUUUUAGGAACGCUAUUUUCAGAGGAAUUAUUGCAACGGAAAGAUGUUGUUUUGCUCAGCUUCUGAAAGUUGUACAUUCCGUAUUGGAUAGGUGCUUUUUCGCGCCGCUACGGAAAGCUAUGCCUCAGUGAAGUUUUCCCAGAGUACUGCCAAUAGGGUAAUGCCAGUUAGGGAUGGUUUUUACUGCACCUCUAGGAAGUAUAGGAAGAACAGUUUGGAACUGAUAGAGCUAUCCAGUUUUGAGUUAGUUUAGGUUUCCCCCUGAAUUAACACUGGGUCAAUACUGGACCUCUAGGAAGAACUUAGAACUGAUAGAGCUAUCCAGUAUAUAUAAAGUUAGUUCAAAACCUUCACUAAAUGUUGGCAGGUUGAAGGAAUCAUUGAUGAACUUACUUCAGUUGUUGGUCCUAAGAAUAUCUCCUCCGCUCAAGCAGUCAGAGACCAGCAUGGCAAGGACGAAUCAUAUCACAGUAUUCGGUCACCUGACCUGGUAGUAUGGCCAGGUAAUACAGAGCAAGUCAGUAAUGUGGCAAAGUUAUGUAACCAACACAAGAUCGUGAUGAUACCAUUUGGGACUGGAACGGGUGUAGAAGGUGGCGUGGCAGCCCUGGAGGUAAAGAUCACCUCGAUAUGAACACUUCUUUUCUCUGAAUCUUCUAGUUACAAUAUCUUUCUAUGAGUCAAUUUUCCAUCGUUCAUUCUUAGUCAAAUAUCUAAACCAUCUCAUUUUUUCUUCUACGUACAAUGCUUUCUACUCUUCUUCUAACCUCAUUGUUUAUAAGACGUUCUCAGAGUGACAAUCCUUGCAUCCUUUGUAAUAUUCUCAUCUAAUUCGUCCUCACUAAAUAAUACAGUAUUAGUUACAGUAGUAUUAGUUUCUUCCUGUAUUAAACUGAUCACUGAACCUCUAGGAAGAACAGUUUAGAACUGACAAAGUUAAGUAAAGUUAGUUCCUCCUGUAGUAACACUGAAUCAAUAAGGGAUGAUCUUUACUGGACCUGUAGGAAGAACAUUUUAGGACUGAUAGAGCUAUCCAGUAUAAAUAAAGUUAGUUUAGUUCAGGUUUCCUCCUGGAGUAACACUGGAUUAAUAAGAGAUUAUCCUCACUGGACCUUUAGGGAGAACAGUUUAGAACUGAUAGAGCUAUCCAGUAUAAAUAAAGUCAGUUGACUUCCUAGUUACUUGGUAUAUUUCCCAGGGUGGUGUAUGUAUUGAUCUAUCAAGAAUGGACGAGGUUGUGAGUGUGAACCACGCAGAUAUGGAUGUGACGGUUGAACCUGGUGUAACACGAACCUAUCUCAAUACAUAUCUUAGAGAUUCUGGUCUGUGGUUUCCCAUUGGUGAGUUAUCAACAAAGUUUCGUUUGUCACCAAGUCAUUAGUUCCACUCUAGUGCUCAGUAAACAAAGAAAUACGCUUCGGUACGAUACAGUUGGAAUGGAAACGGCCUUAUUAAAAUUGGGGAAAUCUGACUGAAGUCAUAGUGAUACGAACAUUUAUUAAAAGGGUCUAAAGAACUGAACUGACUCCUGAAAAUUGACUGACAAUCUUGAGUGGUAGCUAACAAACGAUGAGACAGUAAUUUGCAACUGACAUCUCACUAGUUACCUUAGAGUGGAAAUUCACCGCCUACACUGCCCAGUAGUUUUGGCAUAUUACAAAAUAUCUUUGAGUUCCCAAUUAGGACCCCCUUUCCUGUAUAAAUUUCAAUAGAAAUAGUAAACUUACAUCCCUAGACCCAGGACCUGAUCCAUCAUUAUGCGGAAUGGCCGCAACAAGCGCCUCUGGGACUAAUGCUGUUAGGUAAUGUAUAAAUUAUCAUCUUUCCGUUAAGUUUACAUCACAGUUCUUUUCAGAAGAUCAUACUACAGGAAGAAACCGAAAUACCAGGAG